AAGCUCAAUGUUAUGCAGUCGAAAGAACUGUGCUAUUUCGUUCUCUUUCACCACUUGGUGACAAAAUUAUUUCAUUGAAGGGGUCUCUGUGCACUAACCUAGGAUUUGGGGAUGCUAUGUCUGCUUGGUCAGCUUGGGGGAACAGGAAGUGGAGAAGGACUAGCUCGGCACACUAAAUCUGAACAGUGAUUAGGGCCCAUGUGUCUGUGUUCUGCAACAUGGAUGUACAUUAUUCCCAGCGUCACAAAAGAAACGCUCCACACACACCCCCACCUUUUCUUUCAAGAAAGAAGACUCUGGAGGUGAGGUCAGGAUCCAGGACGUCUCAACUCUUGGGGGCUUUGUUGUCUGAGAAGGGGUGAGAUCAGGGGAACUGCCCCUCUGGGAAUUGCCGUGGGCAUACAUUUAUGGUUCCCGGGUCUUUUCCUUUGUUUGCUCUUCGUGGGAAGGUUGCGGGUGCAGAGGCCCAGGCAUGACGCUUCUCUGCCUAUCCAGGGAAGGUUGAGGCUUCCCAAGGACUGGCAGAGAGUAGUUCUAAGCCACGCCUCUCUCCCAAGGAAGCUCAGGUUAUUAACUGGGAAUUCUUUAUAGCUGAGCUAGAGGAAGUUUUUGGCUGUAAACUGUCAUGCACUGCAGCCUUCCUUGAAAAGGCUGUGGACGAGGUUCUGGGGACAAAGACCAGAAAUCAACCACAGAAGAGGGUAAGGGGCAAAAUAGCUAAGCAUUGAAAGAGUUGCUUCUAGCCCAGAGUGUAGAUUUCACUGCUCACGGUAGAAAAAGUAACAUUUAUUUGCCUCCUCCCACUUGGAGAAUGGAUCCAGGGCCAUCUUCCACGAGCUUCGUGGAAGUUGGAGAAAAUCCACCCGUAAACAACCACAUUCCCAGGGCCGGUUUCGCCUUCACGCCCGAGGUUAGAGAUCUUCCGUCACUUUCGGACCCACCCUCCGUCUUCAAGUCCCUUCCACCCAGGCCCUUUAUUCCGAGUACCCGGACUCCUGCAAACCCAUAACACAAGCUGGCUGGUGGGCGUUACGGGAGGGUCGGGGUUGAGUGCAAAUGAGGGCCUUUUGGCGUCUCCGCAGAAGGAACGUCUCCCUCGGGUCAGCCCGAAAUUAAUUUCUUUACAUCCUAGACUACAAAAGAGCAAAUAAGCGGGAUAGCUUCUCGCAGCUCCCGUAGUCAGUUAGAAAAGGGCCGAGGAAAGUAGCCUGGGACGUAUUCCCAUCCCACUCCCGGAGCAUCUUCCUCGGCGGUUGGCUCUCGGAAAACCCUCUCUCCCAGGAGGAGGAGGCAGGUAGAACCCGGAGCCGGGGUCUGGCUUACUCCGCAACCCCGACCCCAAAGACUUCCCAAGGAGACUCAAGAGAGGCACAGAACUUUCAGAAGUGGGUGCCCCACCUGAUGCAGGGGCCUCUUCCAAGGAGCUUCCGGGUGGAGUGCGCGUGUGGAAGAUGGGGAAUCGGAGGCUAGGACCCAGGCCCUCGUUAAAGAGCUGGGAGCGAUCUCUGGCUUCCUUCCCGCUUCCUGGGCUCCCGUUUUAGAGGAAUGUUAUUGUUUAAAGAGACCCCAUUGAACUAUUUCCUGCUCUUUGUCACCUUCCCCUCGCUCUCCGGCAGAGGUUCUCACCGAGAGGUAAUAAACCAACUGCUGCCCACACCGCUUGGCGCGGAGGCGGGUAGGGAAACGCACCCAGCGUGCGUUCCAACAAUCCCCGGGGCAAAGAGACCAGGGAAUCCCGGGGCCACACUCGGUGCAGGAGCAGCCACCGUCACCAAAGUCCAGCUUUUAUGUGGGACGCGAGAACAUCUCCUACUAGGGUCGCUAUCUGGACAGAUCCGCACUGGGCUUCCCUCUCUGCGCAGGUGAAGAAGGUCUUGGGGAACCCGGACGCCGAGGUGGGAGUUAGUGGCAGUCCAUGGGGCGAGGGGACGUGUCCUGAAGCUGCUGCACCUCUGGGAGCUGAGGCUUCGGAGAGGUCAGGGAGACCCGAGAGACGCAGAUCCGCCGUAGUCCCGCGCAGGUGCGCGCAGCGUGGACACUCCGUGGGGCACAGCCGCAGGCGCUGCAGUGCGCUCGGAGAGCGCGGUGUGAGCGUGGGAGUGGAGAGCUUAGCAGUUGCUCUGGGAGCGGCGGGCUUGGGUGGCUUCGGCCCUGCUCCUUACCCUCCCCCCCCCCAGGGUCCGCCCCGCCGCUUUGAUGGAGGUGCAAACAUUUGGGGAGGGCGGGGGUGUCGGGACUGCGCCCGACGCUUUCCUUACAGGAAGCGCGCGCGGGAGCCCAUUGUUGGCCCCUGGCCUCCGGGCCCGCCCGGCGGGUCUGAUAUGGCCGCGCACCGCCAAUGGGCAGCGGCUAGGUACUUCAAAGGGUGUCCCGCCCAAUCCGCCGCGCCCCCUGCGAGGCCACUUCGGCUGUAUUUAUGGGGAGGGGACCCAUUUUCUCUCCCCCAGAGACUUACUCUUGUCGCGACUUGCGGGAGUUCAAGUGGAACCACGGCUCCCUAGCCCCUCUCCCCUCUCCCCGCCCCCUUCCCCCCACAUCCCAGUCCUGGCCCUCCUUUGGCGAACGUGCUGGGACCCAGGUGUGGUCUCUGGGCUCCGCGAGUGACCCCCUUUUUUCUUGGAACAGCCGUGGCGGGAGAAGUGAAGGUGGCUCUUGGGUAGGCAGUCAAGACUCUGGGGCGGUGGAGAGGGCGGCGGGAGGAUGAGCUCCCCGGGCACAGAGAGCGCAGGGAAGAGCCUGCAGUACCGAGUGGACCACCUGCUCAGCGCCGUGGAGAGCGAGCUGCAGGCGGGCAGCGAGAAGGGCGACCCCACGGAGCGCGAGCUGCGCGUGGGCCUGGAGGAGGGCGAGCUGUGGCUGCGCUUCAAGGAGCUGACGAACGAGAUGAUUGUGACCAAGAACGGCAGGAGGAUGUUCCCGGUGCUGAAGGUGAACGUGUCGGGUCUGGACCCCAAUGCCAUGUACUCCUUCUUGCUGGACUUCGUGGCGGCUGACAAUCACCGCUGGAAGUACGUGAAUGGGGAGUGGGUACCUGGGGGCAAGCCAGAGCCUCAGGCGCCCAGCUGCGUCUACAUCCACCCAGACUCGCCCAACUUCGGGGCCCACUGGAUGAAGGCGCCGGUGUCUUUCAGCAAAGUCAAACUCACCAACAAGCUCAACGGAGGAGGGCAGAUCAUGUUGAACUCCUUGCAUAAGUACGAGCCUCGGAUUCACAUUGUGAGAGUUGGGGGCCCACAGCGCAUGAUCACCAGCCACUGCUUUCCAGAGACCCAGUUCAUAGCUGUGACUGCCUACCAGAACGAGGAGAUCACAGCCCUUAAAAUUAAAUACAAUCCAUUUGCAAAAGCCUUCCUUGAUGCAAAAGAAAGAAACGACCACAAAGAUGUGACGGAGGAACCCGGGGACUGCCAGCAGCCGGGGUUUUCCCAAUCAGGGGGGUGGCUUGUUCCUGGCACCAGCACCCUCUGUCCACCUGCCAGCUCCCACCCUCAGUUUGGAGGCUCGCUCCCUCUCCCCUCCACACAUGGCUGUGAGAGGUACCCAGCUUUGAGGAAUCACCGCUCAUCACCUUACCCCAGCCCAUAUGCUCAUCGGAACAAUUCUCCAACCUAUGCCGACAACUCAUCUGCGUGCUUAUCCAUGCUGCAAUCCCACGACAACUGGUCUAGCCUGGGAGUGCCUGGCCACACCAGCAUGCUGCCCAUGAGUCAUAGCACCAGCCCACCUACUGGCUCUAGCCAGUACCCCAGCCUGUGGUCUGUGAGCAACGGCACCAUCACCCCAGGCUCCCAGACAGCUGGGGUGUCCAACGGGCUGGGAACCCAGCUCUUUCGAGGCUCCCCUGCACAUUAUGCACCCCUGACGCACACGGUCUCAGCCGCCACUUCCUCUGGCUCCCCAAUGUAUGAAGGGGCUGCUACAGUCACAGACAUUUCUGACAGCCAGUACGACACGGCCCAAAGCCUCCUCAUAGCCUCGUGGACACCCGUGUCACCUCCGUCCAUGUGAAUUGAACUCUUCUCCUCCAUGUGCUAAGACUUGUAACAACCAGUGUCAAUUGGAUCGUCUGCUAGGCACAGCAUGGCAGGUUCUUGGGACAAGGGAAAGAAAUAAAAGCUUGCUACUAACUCCAUUUUCAAGUAAGAGGAACAGUCCAUGUCCUGUUGAUCAUGUUUCACAGCCUCUUGCUUGACACCUAUGGUAGUGAUGUAUGUCCUACAUGUGAAGCCAGGUACAGAGAUGAGGCUAUGGUCCAGUUUCCUGUGAUUGGCAGUCAGAAUUCUUUGCCAGCAUCCUAUACCUUGUGUUUGUCUCUCCUGCAACAUGUAGGUGACUCUGAUAUACCGGAAUUUGCCCACUCCCCUGCCCUACUUUAGCGAGACACAAGGCACACUUCUAAUGCCCUUCCUUGUUGCUUUAGAGUAGUUAACUUUGAGGACAGAGACAGAUCAUAGCCAGUGGUUUGUAACCGAACUGGAAACUACUCCGUCCUCUGGAAGAUGUCUACUUUAAGCACAUGUAGCUUUUUGUGUUGUGAAGGCAACUGUGUAAUACUUUUCUGUUGACAAAGUAGCUAAAGACAAUCCGCAGAAAGUUUUUUUUUUUCUGCACAAUAAAGGUAAUAUGCAGCACAUG